AUGUGCCGAGGCUCAGGCCUCAGGAAACCCAAGAGCGGGAGCCUGUGCCAACGCCUCAGGCGCUGGGUCAGCCCUCACCUCCCACUCUGGUGGCCUUUCGCCCGGAGGAACCCAAAGGAUGAAAAUGAGUCAGGCCCAACCCUGGAUGACACCUGCAGGGUGGGGACCGUCACGGCAGGCACCCUGGAGAAGCUGGUGAAUCACCUGGUGCCUUCCCUGCAGAGCGGGGACCCCUUCUUCGUCCCCGCCUUCCUCUGCACCUACAGGAGGUUCGCCACCACCCGGCAGGUGCUGGACCUGCUGUUCAAGAGGUACGGAUUCUUCUGCCCUGACCGUGAGGAGGACGACCAGCUGAAGAACGCCAUCUGCUCCUUCCUGGGCUGCUGGCUGGACCUCUUCCCGGAGGAUCUCUGCCAGCCCUCGGACCUCAGCAGCCUAAACCAGGUGAUGGCCUACGUGCUGCUGAACGUGCCCCGCUCGGCCCUGGCGCUCCGCGUCCACCUCCUCCUGACCCGGCUGGAGGACCCGGAGUCCAGCCAGGCAGAGCCGCGCUGA